UCGCCUCCCGGCCCCGCCUCCUUCGCUGUGUCAGGUGACUGUGUACAGCUGCAGGAGUCUGCUGUUGACGGUCGGUGCCCAGCUGUCAGCUGAGUUUUAAUCCAUCUAACGGGACGAACGUUAGAGGACUCUCCCCGGUGAGCUUCGAGGAGUCGGGCCACCUACCAAGAUUUUUCCCCUUACCUAGUCGCUGUAGAGUUUGAUUUUUGUUUUUGCUGCUUCUCCCUCGAAGACACACGAACGUGCGACGACAAUGGCGCUGAGCGACGCCGAUGUGCAGAAACAGAUCAAACACAUGAUGGCCUUCAUUGAGCAAGAGGCCAAUGAGAAAGCAGAAGAAAUAGAUGCAAAGGCAGAAGAGGAGUUUAACAUCGAAAAGGGCCGCCUUGUACAGACACAGAGGUUAAAGAUCAUGGAAUAUUAUGAAAAGAAGGAAAAGCAAAUUGAGCAGCAGAAGAAAAUUCAAAUGUCUAACUUGCAGAACCAGGCUAGAUUGAAGGUCCUCAAAGCCAGAGAUGAUCUCAUUUCGGAUCUGUUGAAUGAAGCCAGGCAGAGACUAGGCAGAGGGGCAAAAGAUCCUACAAGAUACCAAACACUUCUGGAUGGACUGAUACUGCAGGGCUUUUACCAACUGUUGGAACCUAUGGUGAUUAUUCGAUGUCGCAAGCAAGAUACUGCUGUAGUUAAGGCCUCCAUCAACAAGAAUGUUCCCAUUUACAAGAACAGUAUAAAUAAAGAUAUUGAUGUUCACAUUGACCAGGAAAAUUUUCUGCCUGAAGACAUUGCUGGAGGUGUUGAAAUGUAUGAUUGUACAGGAAAAAUAAAAGUUUCCAAUACCUUGGAGAGUAGGUUGGACCUCAUUGCACAGCAAAUGAUGCCAAAUAUCAGAGUGGCUUUGUUUGGUCCCAAUCAAAACCGGAAGUUCUUGGACUAAAUUCUGUGCUUUAGAUCUGCUAUUGUAUCCUAACACACCAUAAUAAAAAGAUGUAAAAGUUACAGGCAUAAUUUAAAAAAAAAUCCAUUGUACUUGCUGUUCUGUGGUGUUGUAUCUAAACUAUGUUUCAUUUGGUUGUGUCUGUAUGUAACUAAGGGAAAUUGCCAAAAGGCAUUGGGAGAUCACUGGGCUUAUUGAGGAACUCCAGAUUGUUCAAGACAGUUGGUUUUUUUUUGUAUAAAUAUUUUUCUUCCCAAAUGUGAUCAAAGCUUGAGGUAUUUUUUUGUCGCACAAGUAUCAAUCAUUGCAGCGCACAGGUGACUUCCCAAAAUGUAGAACAAGUGAAAAAUAAAGAAAAUAUUAAUUCUAGUGUUGCUGAUAAGUCAGUCCUGUACUAUUUAAUUGCAUUGUUUUCAGGUACUGUAUGUGUAUAUAUGGUUCUGAAAUAAACAUCUUUUGCUGGAUCUUGUAUCUUUGAUUGCAAUCAUGAAAUAACCAAAUUUGAGUUAUGUUUUCAAUUUAAAUGUUUUGAACUUUAUGCAAUGUUAAUUUUAAUCUGUUAUGGUAAUGGUAACCUUGGGCAUUAAAAGAAUGCCAACUGCAUGCCAACUUAAAGCAUUUACAGGUAUGUUUUUGCUUUUUUGACAUUCACAUUCUUUACUGAUAUGUCUUUGAAUUUCUCCACCUUUUUACAGUAUGUUCAGCUUGAGUUGUUUCUAAACUUUGAGCUAUUGCCUAUUUGUUGUACUGUGAUUUUAUUUUUAAAAAUAUCAGCUUAUGAAAAGACAUUUGUGAAUUUUUGCAGGCCACUUUCAGCACAUAGCGGGUUCUUGUUUUAUGUUAAAUUGUCUUACUUAAUACUGUAUCACUUUGCUUGAACAUAGUUUUAUUUAUAGGACUUGCUGCUUCACAUUGCACUGUCAUUUCAAGAUUGUGUGUUAUUGCUAUUAGUUAUCUGAUAUUUGGACCCAGUUUCGUGUUGUAAUGGGGAAUUCUGAAGAACCUUAGACAAGAGUUCUUGUGAAAGGGGAUGGGGCCUUACCUCAGCAUUGCCUCCCCUUUGGAUCUGCUUUCCUUCCUGCCCCACUCUUUUUUAACUGGAAGGGAACAGCUGCUAUUCUGAACUUGCUCCAUCUAGUGGCAGAAGUUGGCCACUGCAGGUGCUGCUGCUCAGUUGCAUUAUUACUGUCACCCAUCAUCUGCUGCCACUCGAUGGAACUAAGUCAAUUUAAAGAUUAUAGAAAUUUAAGAAUUGGAAACUUUUUAAAUUCAUCUAUGGACAUAUAUAAAUACAUUAUAUUUUAUAUAUAAAUAUAAAAUAUAAUGGCACACUCUAGUUUGCAGGUUGAGUUUGGAGUCCAUAAUUCUCUACAUUUCAACUUGCACCUUUUUCUGGGUGGAAAGUAUCCGAAAGAAUCUAACUGUGGCUUAACCCUGGUUCUUACAGGCAUCAGUGCGUUGAUUUCCGGAAGAAUUCAGUCAAAUGUCAAUUUUGAGGAGUUUCAUGUAAUGUUUUCCUUUGUGACUAUUCCCACACUUUUAACACUGCUCACUUUCUGCACCUCAUCUCCACAGUACUGCUUUAGCACAACCUUGCCCCAAAAAUUAGCCAAAUGCUUAGUUAGUGUCAGAACCUUCCACUGUUUGUUCUGUGAAUGUCCUAUUUAAACUGCAGCUAGGUCUGAAGUAGCCAUCAAGUCAGUGGUCUCCAAUGUCUUUGCAGCUUGUUUCAUAAGACCUGGUGGCACAUUGUCAAUAUUGCACACUGCACCUUUUUUUUCAAUGGAUCUUUCCUCAAACUAUUAAGCUUUCCUACCACUUGCAAUUCCAACUUACUUAUAGUAAUGAGUUAUUCCACCUGUCAAUGGACUAACCAUCAUUUCCCUUGACUGUUCAGUGUUGCCAGACGUGACCACUGUCUUCAAUAAAAAACAGCUGUUUUGAGUGUUCAUGUAGAUGUAAAGCUAACAAAUUGAGGAAAGAACUCUGAGACACUUUUUCCUGAUUCAUGAGACUGGUGCUUUUUGCUGUGUAUAGCAAUUUGGCAGUUUUACAAUGCGAGGUGUGGUUGAGCUCUGUUGAACUGCAUGACAAGUUGCUGUGAUAUGGUGAGAUUUUUGUCAAUGCUAACCUUUGGAUAGCAGGUACUGGUGAUCACUGUGCACAGAGCAUGUUGUGGUGGUUGAGAUAUGCUGACCGAGACCCCUGCAGAAGAUACCAGAAAGUGUGCAUGGAAAGUACUUGCUCAGACUUUCAUGUUUGAAAUUAUCACUAAUUUCUGUCCACUGCCUGGGGAAAAUAGCAAAGUGCACACACCUAAGGUGCAAUUGGGUAAUUAGAUGUCAAUACAUGAAAAUAAAUCCCUCAUUCACUAGCACAAUUCUUAUCUGUCGAAAACUGGGCUUUUUCAUCUCAACAUCAAAACUUGUUUUUGUGAUCUCCCACUGUCCAUGUCAGUCAGGGGCUGGGAAAAAUUGGCCUUCUGUUCCACUUGAGUCCUAUCUUAGCUGCAUUUCUGAAAAAUCACUACAAUUUUAAGUGAAAUUACUACUUUUUUUCUGGUUUGUUCAAAGUUGACUUAAAUUCUUGCUGGGUUUUUUUUAGAAAAUGGGCUGAAGAAAUCUUGCAUUCUGUGUGAUCAGGAGGCAAUGCUGAAUGGGAGUGGCUCUGGAGAAACAAAGCUAUAUAGUCUCUCAGUGCAGGAUAGAUGAUGGCGUCUGAGGAACUAGUAACCACUUCCAUCCUGGCUCCCUUGAUAUUGUGUCCAGUAAACAGCCUUGAUUAAUCACUGCUUUGUAUGUAGACUACUGUAACGGAUCGAUUUGCAACAGCUUGUACCACUGUGGAAAACGAGUUUAUUUGCUGAUGGCUGCUUUAAAAAAAACACUGAUAAAAGACAUGUCACAACUGAAAAUAAAUAACACAGUAGUCCUGAAUUUUUCACCUAGUCCAUGCACUAAGUCACAAUAAAGAGGUAACUGUUUCUUUAGACUUAAAUGGAAGAAUCCAAGUUCAAAUAUGAUGUAUUUUCCUACAAUCUAGAAAUGAUACUUCACUGUAGUAACAACCCAAAAUCUGAACACUGGUUCAGAGUAAGGAAUGUAUUGGGGAUUACUUGCUGAGGUUGCAAAACCUUGACGUAUAGUUAAUUAUUUUACAAGUUGAAAUUGUAUUAAAUGUUUUGCUUGCAAUAUCCUCUGAUAUAUUUUGAUUAUGACAAUAAUCAAAAGACUAUAUUAAAAAUGCCAUUCUUUAACUAUGACCUCCUGUUCAUACCCCUUUUUUUUCACUUCCUAAACUGACUGUAUUUGGAUUUUAAACUAGUGGCAUGUGGUUUAGUCUAUUUACAUGAAGGGAUUUAAUCAUUUUAACUGGUUCAAUCUUGUUAGAAGUGUGAUUUUAAACCAAUAUGUCUCUCAGUAGAUGACAGAAGGCCUCCUGAAAUAUUAAAGCUUGCUUAUAUUAUGCAAUUCACAAGAGAGGAAAACCAUACUAAACCAUUUAGUGUAGCAGAAUCAAAUUUUUUUUUUAAAAACUUUUUAAUUUAGUUUGAAAGUGAUUGAAAGUAGAUGCAUGAAUAGUUUAUCUCAGAAAAAGGAGUUAGUUCAGUCUCCUCCCUGUUUCGAUCCUACCUGGAAUUUACAUCAGUGACUAAGCUAUUUUUGGUUGCGUGUUCUAAGGUGGUCUUUGGUUUGAUAAUUUCUGAAUGAUUUAUAUUCUUGUGAAUUGCUUUAGUAUAUUUUGUUAUACUACUGGUGCCACAUAAAUGCAAGUUGUUGUUUGUAUUUUGGGCACCAGUUUCGUAAAAUGGGAUUUGACAAAUAAAAUGAUUGAAGUUAGAACUUUUCUGCUAACAAAGUUGGAAUGGAGUUCUCUUUAACAUUUGAGUGGAUAAACUUAUCUCAAGGGGUGAACUUGUGUAGCAUCACAAAACAUAGUGUUUUUCGUUCACAUAAAGCCUGUACGUGAUGCUAUUUCAAAUGUUGACAUUGUUAUGAUUCUCUUUAUUGGAAAAUAAUUCUAAGAAAUCCAUUCCAGGCUGUUUCAGAUAUUGUAUUCAAUCUGUUGCAAAUUAAACUUUAACUUAUUUUA